CUUAUUGCAUUUUUUUGGGGCGGUUUAUUUACGUUUUUGCGUGAAAUUUAAUCAUUUUCAACAGUCUAAAGUCCCCACAUUGUGUGCGUGAGUAGAGUGUAUAAUAGGGGGAGAAGUACACGAUCUUGCAAAAAGGGAAGACAACGCACGUAACCGGCCUUGAGCACAGUUUGUAAGGUGGUGCGGAGAGGCAACAACAACAACCAUUACACACACACAAAACUAUGACGAUUGAUGCCACAGCUCUGCCAUCAGAGCUACUCGUAACACCACAACCCCUUAUUGGGUUCUGCGGCUUAGAUGUCUCGCGUCAGAGUGUCCACAAAUCCAUUUGGGAUGCGUUCAGCGGCAACUUACAACGCAAAGCAGCCGAUCGCGCUGCCGUUCAAUACAAGCUACUGCCUCCGAAUUAUGAAUUCCCAAUUGCGAAGCCGAAGCGUGCCUCUUAUGAAUGGUACCAGCCUAAGGGUAUACUCAAGCGCAACUGGAUGCUAAAGCAUUUGCAUGUGCUGCCCUCGGUUGUAGUGCUCUUCCAAGACUUAGAAUGGAACGACGCGGAGUGGGCGGAGAAACAGGUUCAUUGUGCGUCGCUCAUGCAGGGUCUAAGGAAUGCGCUGCAGGAACGUAAUACACGGCUGUGCCUAGUGCUGCUACAAAAAGCGGCGCCACUACCUCCAGGUGAAGAUCUGUUAGCAGCGGAACGUGCUGCUAGUCUGACAGCGGCAUGCGGCAUCAAUAGUAAAAUGUUGUUUAUACUGCCGCACACUGAACAUCUAAUGGGUUACACCCUGCGUCUGGAGUCUGCCUUCUUGGACAUGGCUCAGACCUACUAUGCGCUCAUGUCCAAACGCGUUCGCACGCAUCGGGACCAGUUGACAGCGCAUACACCGCUCAAAAUUCGUCACCAAUUUAAACUGGGCUUUGUGGCAGAAAUGCGUCAAGACUUUAGCACAGCGCAGAAACACUACUACCAAGCAUAUGCCAAUAUCGAUGAGAUACACAUUAACGAUGUCAAUUGCGUUGAGCUAAAAACCAUUGCUGGUUUCCUAAAUUACAAAAUAUGCCGUCUGAUGUUCAAGCUAAAAAUGCCUCGAGAUGCCAUCAAUCAGUUCAUCAUACACAUAGAGAAAUACAGGAAUCGUGUUGGCUUUAAGGAUCUAGCAUUUGAGCACAAUGCCUGGCUAAGUACACAGCAUUCAGUAUUUGCUGAACUCUUUUGCGAGGCCAUUAAGAAUGGCCUCACUGCACAGCAGACUCAACAUCCUGGCAUUUACUAUCAUAAGGCAGCCGAAUAUGUGGUGAAGAGACGCGAGGCUGCACAGCAGGCGUAUGCCACUCUUCUUAACUCAACGGACACAACCGUCAACCCCCAGAACAACACAUUGGCCCUCUACACCGAGUAUUUUGGCAUUCGAGCGGUCAAAAUUGGAGAUCCUGUUUCCGAGCAGCAAGCCAAUAUGCAAUUAUGCGAAGUGGAACGCGGCUACAAUCAUUCUGCGGCCAUUAUAGCGCUACUUAGCCAGGCAAUGGCACAGUUUAAGAUCUACAAAUGUUUGAGAUUUCGCAAAAAAUUGGCUGUUGACAUGGCCGAGGAGUAUCUAAACAGUGGCGACCAUGCCAAGGCUUUGACAUUUUACUCACUUAUGCUGCCCGACUAUCGACAAGAGAAGUGGUCUACCAUAUUCACCGAUGUGCUGCUGAAGACGCUCCGCUGUGCUUUACUAUCAGCUUCUGUCUCCGACUACGUGGCCUGCAGCAUUGAAGCAUUAUCACUUCAUCAUCAUAGCGAGCAAAAGGAGCGUGUGAUGUUGCUGGAAAACAUGUGGCAAGUGUUUCAGAGUGUGCCCCCAAUACCGCCAAGUCAACUGACGCCCGAUGCCCAAGCAAUGUGGAGUAACGCCUUGAACGGUGUAAAAUCGCCCGUACAAAUUGAUUUAGAUAAGGUGAGCGAUGUGCUCGGUUUGUGGGCCACGUUCGAGCGAGUCGAACUAAACAAUAACGACGUAGUGCAGAUACAACUCAUUGUACGUGUGCUUACAGACGUCCCGCUUCGCAUACGCAGUUUCCAUAUAGUGUUGGCCGAUGUCAGUAAUCCUAGCAACAGUUACAAACUGGAGGCCCUCAAAUAUUUCUGUUUUCCCGAUCUGCUGCAGCUGCGAGCGCAGCAGAAGGCAGAAACCACAUCUCCCACGGCAUAUAAGCCAUUUGAGAAGAAUAUGCGAUUAGAGCCCGGAUGUUAUUAUCAGCUGCAGUGCAGCACAGAUGCGCAACAUUUUUUGGAGAAUACACAGCUGCGCAUGGUGCGUCUAGAGGCGGUUAUGGGGACGGACAAAGUAUCCGCUCUGCUUACGUGUAGCGCUAAUUAUACGCGACAACCCUUCCGGCAUCACACGCGCACCCGCGAUCUAGAUGAUAAUAUGACGAUAAAUCCAAUUUGCUACAUUGCGCCCACAUUCCAUUUGAGCACGCAAACUAACCUUGGUAAUGACACGAACGCCAAGUCGAUGGCUACAGAGACGGCGACGACGGCAACAACCCCAGCAACGGCCACCAUGUUGAUCAAUGAAUACUAUCCGGUGGCGACCACCAUUAGCAAUCCCUUUAAUGUCUAUCUGCAAAAUGUCACCGUUCAUAUAAGCGUGCCGACGGCCUUGCGUAACAGCGUAUUCCUCACCACAGACGUAUCCCCGGGCCGUCAAAAGUUACACAGUCAAAUCCAAAUUGAUGUGGGCGAGUUGUCGGGACAGAGUAGCAAUACGGCCACCUAUUACAUAUUUAGUCUGAUAGAAGCCGAGAUCAAAUUGCAGCAAAAGCUGAGCUAUACUUUGGAUGUGGAGCGUAAAACCGGCAAUACUGGUGGCGGUACGGUUACAGUUACGACGCCCAAUAGCGCAGACACGACCCCGGAGAACUCCAAAAGUAUUGUAAAUAGUUUGGCACCCAUAUCACCAGUGCAAAUCGAGUACCUAGAUGAGACGCGAGUUCGUAAAUCGCGCGAGGAUGCGAUUAGUCUGAGAUGUGGAGCCGACUUUAUGUUUUCCGCGCGCUUCUACACACUCAACCGGCAACCUCUAUCUCAGGUCUAUCGGGGUGAAAAUUUCUUACUGCGCGCCAAUACCGAAGUGGUGGCCAACGAGGAUGUGGAGAUAUUGGACAGCUUCUUUAUAUGUGAUCACAAUCUAGUGCAAUCGAACUACAGCUUUAAACGAAAGAAGUACACCAACAAAUAUACUGCUGGUGAAAAACUGGAGAGCGUCAUAGUGCUGCGCACCAAUGCUACGCUACAGGAUUGGUUAUCGGCCAGAGACUUGGAGCGUAGUGGCAACAAAGGUGACAGCAGUGGUAACAAGUUCGUGAGUCGCCUCCAAAAGUCCCGAACAGCCUCGUCAGCCGCUCUGGGGACUUUGGAUAAGAGCAACAACCCAUCUUCAUUUGCGCCGCCUGCUGCUCUGAGCGCCUACAUCAACAAGAGUCUCAUAGCCAAGAUACCCACAACCAUGACCAUCAUUAACAACAACUCGGCUGUCUCGGGUGCUCUGCAGUUGGUGAAUGCGGGCCCUGGCAUGAGCACUUCCUUUCAAUCGGAUGAUGGCAGGCUGGCAGCGGACAAUGAGGAUGGGACGACAGCGGCGGGCACGCAGGAAGUUCUGAAAAACACGCGCCUUGUCUACAACAAAGCCAUCGAGUCCGUGCAGGCCACUGGUCAUUGUCGUGGCUUCAUUAAGGGUGUCUACACACUAGACAGUUCACCACCAACGGCACCUCUUUUCGGCAUUUUCUGUAUACGCUGGCGACGUGCCGGUGCAAAGGAAGAGAACGAGUCCAAGUUUGUUAUAAGUGGCCUCGAUAUUGUGGAGCCGCCAUUGAACAUAUACUGCACCAUCGAGGAGAAACUGUUCGUGAAAAUGCCCAUUGCAUUCAAAAUAGUGCUUAAGAAUCCCACGACGCACGUUCUGCAUCUCAUAGCUACUCUAAGUAUGAGUAAAGCCGAUAACUUCAUAUGCUCAGGACACAGACAGCUGGAUAUUUCCAUUAUGGCCUACGAAGAGAAGGAUCUGGUGUACAAUCUAUAUCCGCUGCAAGUGGGUUGGCAAGAGCUGCCUGUGCUGACGCUGGAAUACAACACUAAGGUUGAUCCGCAAAAGAAUGAGAGUCAAAACGAGUUGCUGGGCGAAUUAGUGCAACGUGCGCUGCCGAAGCGUGUCUUUGUGCUGCCACCCCUUAAGCAAUUAACUAAGGUGGGAGUGUGAGUCCAUUCAUCAUUUUCUAGAUGUUUAAGUAUUUUAAAGUUUUGCAGUAGCGUUUGAAUUGUAAAAAUUACACUAAACCCUUUAUUGCUACAUACAAACAAAAGCAGUUGUAACAGACAAAUACAUACAUAAAUAUUUAUAUAGUUAUAUUUAUAGAAUUACAUACAUAGCAUAAUACUUGAGUGUGUGUGUUUGUGAAUUCGUGCAAUGUCUCAAAUGCUCGAUGCUCUUUGUUAAAUUUCGGGGCGCAACAAAAAUAUUGUACGCUUUGUGAGUUGCACGUAUUUUGAUAAAUCCUACGAUAUUCCAGUAAUAAACAGUUUAAAGCAUUGAAAA